GAAUUCCUAGGCAAUGCAACCAUGGUGACGUAAAUGUUUAUCGUUGCUUGGAGACGAAAGGAUUUCAAUGGAUUUUCAUUACACUCCGAAUUUUAGCUGCAGUGGAAUUCAGCGUUUGUGAGUGACCUGCUUUAAAUUCUAUGACUGAGUAACGUUAUGAAGACAGAAAAUUGAAAUAAAAGUCAAGUGAAGAUGGCAACGGUCUCAGCACCACAAUAUAACAGAAUGAAAAACUCCAGCAUGAAUUUCAUUUUACAGUCUAUGGAGGAAACAACCACACCGGUGCGUCUCCCAGAUCUCCGUCAAGUCACAGUUUUGCCAAAAACUGACUGGCUCCGGAUUCAAGACAACCUAAACCAUGUCAAUAAGCACAAGGAGAACCUUCUAGAGGCAUCGAAGGAACGGUAUGAUUUGCACCUGCGUUCCAAAGAAGUGGUAAAAUUCUGGUCCAACACCAUCGCAGGGCAAAGACAGAAGAAAUUGGAGGCGAAAAAAAUACGAGAGGAAAUUGAAGAGGAGGAAAAGAAACAGAUUGAUUUAGAGGAGGCUGAGUACCAGAAACAAAAGCGGAAAGAAGCCAUUGCAAAAGCAAAAAGUCAACAGUACUUCCAGACUGACCGAGUGAAAGGAUUUCAUAGCAGCCUCUUGCUGACAGAGGUCUUGAAGGAACGGGAGGCUCAGAUGGAGCUGAAACAGAGGAAGCAGAUGGCCUCUAAAGACGUGAACAGGGACAUCAUGGCACAGCUAAAGCAGAAAGAUGAGGAGGCCUUGGAGCAGGAGCGGCAGAGAGCAGUGCAGAGGAAGCAGGAGAGAGAGGACGUUGCUGAGUUCCUGAAGCAACAGAUAAAGGAGCAAGAGGCCAUUAUGGAAAAGGAGAAACUGGACAAAAAGAAAGAAGCAGAUGAACUCCAGAAGCUGAAAGAGCUUCACGGCUGGGAGCGGAGCAUGUAUGAGCAAAAGAAGCAAGAAGAGAAGAGAAACGUUAUGAGAGCUCAUCUGGAGCAUUUGUCCAACCGAAACCUCAUCAGAGCAAUAGAAAUACAGAAACAAGAAGCAGAAGACGAGUGUCGGAGACUUUUCUCAAGUGCAAAGCAGAAAAUGAUGAAGAUGAGGAAAGAGAAGGAGGCAGAGAUGUUUAGUGAGGUGCAGAGGCACACGGAGAAAAUGGUAGAGAGGCUGGCAACACAGCUGCAGGAGAAGACCAGCAACGAUGAGGAGCUCAUCGCCAACGCCGUGACACUGCGGGAGGCAAGGCUGGAACGAGAGCAGAGGGAGAACGAAGCGAAAAAGAAAGCAAUGCUGGACUCCAUCACAGCGCACAGAGCAGCCGUGCAUCAAGAACAGGAGCAGAAGAUCAAAGAGGAAAGGCAAAGGGCUCUGGAGAUGCUUCAAGCCAAGAAAGAGUCAGACAAGAUAUUCCUGGAAAAACAACAGCUGAAGGCACAAAAAAUGAAGGAAAACUGUGUGGCAUUACAAGACUUCCAUGUUCACCAAAUGGCUGAAAGACGAGCCAAGGAGCAACUUGUAAAAAAAGAACAGCUGGAUUUCGAGGUGAAAAACACAGAGCUUGUUGCUGCAGAGGAGCAGCAGUUCCAGAAGUAUGCUGAGGAAGUGAUUAACACCGCCACAGAGGCCAAGAGGAACACACUUCCCCUCCGCAAGGCUGCCAGAGAGGGCAUUGGGGGUGGAUUGGGCCCCAUUUUUGGAGGACUGAGACCCAGUUACCUGGUUCAUGACAGCACUGGUGUCGAACUGCCCAAGUAUGUCUCUUACAAAACCCAAGACAUAAAGGAGUUAUACGAGACAAAUGACAUCCAGCUGGCAAAGAAAAGACUGGGAUUUUCAUGGUAAUGCAAAA